AUUCGAGCAAAUGUUUAAGCAAACUAACAAAAAAAUUGUUGAUGAAAUCAUUCGCAUUUUCGACCUUUGAGUCAUUCAAUUUUUUUCGUUUUCACUAUUGGAAAAAUCAACGGCCUUAUUUUUAGCGCUGAAAAAUGAGCCAAAUUUAUCUGUUUCUCGUGUUAUUGACGGUUAUCAUUAUGAUGACCAAAUCCGUCGUAUGGUCAACAGUUAUCUAUACUAGAUACCCGGAACUUUGUGGACAAAAUACAAGCCUUUCGGAGCCGAAUAGUUUUAAAAUUGAUUUCAACGUUCCUCAGCAACAGGUUCCACAUGGUAAUUGUACAACAAUCAUAAAAUGGACUGGUUCAUCGAAUAUACGUUUAAUACCGAAGAUUAUACAAACCAAUACGGUGUUCGAUAAUCUCACCAAUGGUGAAGAUGAUCCAAAAACAAUCGUUCUGGAUAUUAUUGAAACGCCUGGUCGUAUUUUUCAAUUGAAUAUCUAUGGUGCAAAAGUAUUUUAUUUGGCCAUGAUACCUACUAUCGUUCUAAAUGAUAUUCAUGAUGAUCAUUGUCCGGAUGAUUAUUUGUAUUGUGGCUCCAAGUACUGUAUAUAUCAUGAUCUGGUUUGUGAAGGAAUAAUUCAAUGUUAUCCAUCUAGUUUAAUUUGUAACGAUAAAACUCCAUCGAAUGAAUUUCUCGUCCUUUCUUUUCUGGCCGUUGUAUUCUCCUGUCUGCUCAUGUCGAUGAUAUUAUCGGCGUUCAUCUUUUUCAAAAUUCGUCUUAGCAGCCGAAAUGAUAGCAGAUUGAUCAGUGGAUCGAAUUUGAAACCAAAAUUAUAUGGAACUGUCAAUUGUGUUAGCUAUGAAUCUUUGCCAUCAGAGCCAUUGUCAAAAACACGGUUUUAUCAAAAUAUUCAACAUUAUAAUGAACUUUUAAUUCUUCAAGAGUUGCCGAAAAAUUUCAAAAAAUUUUUUUGUUAUAAACAGAAAUUCAAAUUUUGCGGUGACAAUGAUUGUCAGGAUUGGAUACUGGCACAAAUUAACGUUUUUUCGAAACUAACAUCAAUCAAAUUGAAAUUGAUUCUCAAAGAAGUGAUGCAGCAUAUUUUAACUGGAAAGUUACAUUUGCAAAAUGUUUGUAAGCUGACCGCUGAUGCAAAGUUAAAUGAAGAGGAAACAAAAGCCAUUUUGGCAGCAUUGAAUUUUAUAAUUUUAUCCUCUAUCAAAUAUGAAACGGAUAGUGAAACGUUAUCCAAUGAAUUACAACAACUUGGUCUACCAAAAGAACAUUCCAUAACUCUAUCAAAAGCAUAUGCCGAUAAAUUUAACGAAAUCAUACAAAUGACGAGAGAAAAAAGCUUACAAAUGAAUCCGAUGUUGGAAUGUUCGUAUAAAAUUAUUUCUAAAUUUAAUAACGAAACAAUGUCCGUAAAUUGUCCUUCAUUAUUUUUAUCCAUACGAACAAAUCCAACAACCACAACGAAUGAAACGUCGACAUUCCAUGUGAUACCAGAGAAAUUAACUUGUCUGAUUAGUGACCUGAAAGAAGUGGAAAAAAUGAUGAAUGAAUCUACAUAUUGAUUUGAUUUCUAAUUGAUGGAAUAAUUGACACCACCUUUAAUCUAUCGCUUUGUUUAAUACAUUUGUAACAUUGUUUAUGAAUUAAUUAAAAAUUCUAGCCAAUGAUUUGCCUCCA